AAGAAAAAGGUAGGCAGUUCGAAGGUUGAUGGCAAUGGUUGGGUUUCUGGUAACUAUGAAAUGGACUGCUCAUCAAAUCAUAGAAUACUGCAUAAUUUUAUAAAAACACAAAAUCAAAAUUUUUUUUAUUCUAUCAUCUCUGUCAAAUAACAUAUUCUUUAUUAGAAAAAAAGCAAAAAAAAAAAAAAAUUUAUUGAAGCAAAUUUGCCUUUCCUUCUCCAUCAAAAUCCCUUGUUCUUUCUUUGUCAAACUGACAAUAGAAAGGAAAGAAAACCCAUUUUUUCAUACCCUUAGAAGUCUGGAAUUCUUGAGAAAUCUCUCUCUUAACUUCUUGUUCUUGUGACAUCACAACUGUUUUGCUCUUUCUUUUCUUUUCUUUUUCUUUUUGUUUUUCCUUUCUGUUUUAAUUCUCUUUAUGUGUCUUGGGUUGUUCUUUGAGCAGUGAUUUUUUGCUAGAUUUGAGGGAUUUAGUCUUUGAAGGAGUAAGACUCGGAAGAGAAAAUGGAGAUUUGGAAAUGGGUACUUUUUGGAAUUCUUUUUCUUUCAGCUUUUGUUGUCAAGAUUGAGGCUUUCAAGCUAGGCCGUAGUCAACCGACUGAGAGAAUUUCAGGCAGUGCUGGUGAUGUCUUGGAAGAUGAUCCAGUUGGAAGGUUGAAAGUUUUUGUUUAUGAGCUUCCUAGCAAAUAUAACAAGAAGAUUUUGCAGAAGGACCAAAGAUGCCUCAACCACAUGUUUGCAGCUGAGAUCUACAUGCAUAGGUUUCUUUUAUCUAGCCCUGUUCGAACCCUCAACCCUGAGGAGGCUGAUUGGUUCUACACUCCUGUAUACACUACAUGUGACCUGACACCAAAUGGCCUCCCAUUGCCAUUUAAGUCACCGCGGAUGAUGAGAAGUGCAAUACAGCUUAUUUCUUCAAAUUGGCCCUAUUGGAACCGGACAGAAGGGGCUGAUCACUUUUUUCUAGUGCCACAUGAUUUUGGAGCAUGCUUCCAUUAUCAAGAGGAGAAAGCCAUUGAAAGAGGGAUUCUUCCCUUGCUACAACGUGCCACAUUGGUUCAGACUUUUGGACAGCGGAAUCAUGUUUGCCUGAAAGAGGGCUCAAUCACAAUUCCACCAUAUGCUCCACCCCAGAAAAUGCAAACACACCUGAUUCCUGAAAAAACUCCUAGGUCCAUUUUUGUUUACUUCCGUGGACUGUUUUAUGACGUUGGAAAUGACCCUGAAGGUGGUUACUAUGCCAGAGGUGCUAGAGCAGCAGUAUGGGAGAACUUUAAGGACAACCCACUCUUUGACAUUUCAACUGAGCACCCAACUACCUACUACGAGGACAUGCAACGAGCUGUAUUUUGUUUGUGUCCACUUGGCUGGGCACCUUGGAGUCCUAGGUUGGUUGAAGCAGUGAUAUUUGGAUGCAUUCCUGUUAUUAUAGCAGAUGAUAUUGUUCUACCCUUUGCUGAUGCAAUUCCAUGGGAAGAAAUUGGAGUUUUUGUUGAUGAGAAGGACGUCCCCAACUUGGACACAAUACUCACAUCGAUCCCACCUGAAGUAAUAUUAAGAAAGCAGAGAUUGCUUGCUAAUCCUUCAAUGAAGCAGGCAAUGUUAUUCCCCCAACCUGCUCAACCAGGAGAUGCUUUCCAUCAAGUUUUGAAUGGACUUGCACGCAAGUUGCCACAUGACAAGAGCGUCUACUUAAAGCCUGGUGAAAGGGUCUUGAAUUGGACUGCUGGCCCUGUUGGCGACCUGAAACCUUGGUAGCAGUUGUAACAUCAGGUUCCUACAACCUUCCAGCAUUCUACCUGGUAGACCUACAUCUUGAACUUUAUCGGGCUUUAUCUGUGUAAUUGAGCCACAGAUUCAAAAUAUAAAUCUUAGUUCUGCCAAAAUGCAUUAGAAUAUACAGUUUUUGGUUGCAGCUUUAGCAUCAUGACUUGUGAUUGUUCCUUGUAUGUUUUCUCAGAGUUCAGGACUGCCCAAUCUUUAACUCAUUUAAUUAAUGGCAUCAUUAUAGGAUAAUAAUAAUCUUUGUGUGGGUAAACUUUGAUGUCAAGACUUUUCCGGUUGGUUCAUACGAGAGAAUAUUAUUAUGGUUUAUAUAGGCAGCAAAUUGAGUGUCUUUUUCAUUUUUGUGCAAGACAAUAUAAAUGUUCACGCAGUCCGAAGUUUCCUCUCAUUUCCAUCAUUCAUGAAGUCUUGAUUUCUUCCAUUCAAUAUUCAUAAUGCUAGGGCAAAGCUGGAUUUUCACUCUCCUUUUUAUGGAAAAUAGGCACCAAAAAAUGUCUUAAGAAAACCCAUAAAAAAGACUAGGAAAGUACAAAAAAAGAGCAUGAAAGCCACGAAAAGAACAAAUGAAAAGAGACGAACCAGCAGGGCACUGCCUGUUGCAAUUGUGGUUGGAAUUGCAGCAGUUGCUGGUAUUAUACUUUAACCUCAACAAUGCCAUUGUAGGGUGAAUGA